AUGGCCGAUAUCAAGAAGCCAGUAAAGAAGUCUUCGCCUGUAAAGAAUGGCUACUUGAUCCUCUAUAACGCCGUCUCGGCCGCCCUCUGGCUCACAGUGUUGGGCCGAGUCGUUAACGUCAAUGUUACUGGCACUCCACAGGCGGUCUAUCCCGCUGUUGGCGAAUUCUGCAAAUGGACGCAGACGUUGGCCGGAAUGGAGGUUUUGCACUCGCUGUUAGGUAUCGUACGAGCUCCGUUCUUCACGACCUUCAUGCAAGUCUUUAGCAGAUACGCAAUCGUGUGGGGGAUAACCGGACUAUUCCCCGAGCUUGCUCUCGGGAGUGGCAGCGGUGAUGUCUAUAGCAGCAUUGCCUACUCCUCAAUGUUAGUAGCAUGGGGCGUCACCGAAGUCAUCCGAUACUCGUAUUUUACGCUGUCUCUUUCCUCGGGCGGACAGCCACCUUCUAUACUGCACUGGCUGCGUUACCACACCUUCUUCAUUCUGUACCCCGUCGGUAUCUCGAGCGAAGCGUACCUAAUCUGGCGCGCCGUUGAACCCGCCAAAGACGCUAUCAGCCCUCUAUACUCGACUGUGCUCUUCGGAUAUGUCGCAUUAGUAUACCCUCCUUCUGCGUAUUUCUUGUAUACGCACAUGAUGUCUCAAAGGCGCAAGAUUUUUGGAGCUAAGGCACAGAAGAGCACAAAGUAG